AUGGCUAAAGAAACCAGGACUGUGGGAGAUCAACCACCUGCAUACAAUCAGAUCGACCAGUCGCAGUUGGCAUUACCUCCCUUAGACCUUUCUCGGGACGCUGGUCCAUCUCAAUACACAACAGUCACAUCUGACCAGUGUGCCGCUCACCUCAAGCUGCUCGCAGCACUGGCCGAUUUGCGUGACAGCGUAGCCAGCACUCGCGGAAUCUUCGGUAUCCAAGAUCCUGACCCAGAGCUAUUCAAUCCAGACUCCAAGGAGGCCAAUGAAGCGUGGGCUCGAGUAAAGGAGAAGCGGUGGGCGGUUUAUACCACUCGAGCAGUGGACCGAUAUGCAGCCUGGUGGACGUUGUGCGCUCCUGCUUCUCGCGCACAGCCCAAACUCAGUACCCUCAAGCAUACCAGCUACGAGAAGAUCACGACUUCUGACGAGCCAAUGAAAUGGUCUCAAGACGAAAUGCCUCCUCUCGACGUGCUGAUGGUAUGGCAUGCGCAUAUGCUGAACCCACGUGCUUUUCUCGAGGACUGCAUACGGCACGGGAAGAUGAGCUUCUGGGCCAGUGGCCUGCCUUGGGAGGCUGUUAACGCUUGCAUUGACAAUGUGACCCUCGACUAUGAUGCAGGGCCGAAGGCAAAGGAGACAUUUCUUCGCAAGACAAAUUCCCCUUGGGACAAUCUUGUGGAUACGUCUGAGAAGUCGUUGAACUGCCCCUGCUGCGGAAAGCAUACCUUUGUCCCUUGGACAGACGGGGGCAUGCUUCUUACGCUAGAUGACGCAUUUGAGCGCUGGCAUGGGUUCGCAGACAAGGAUUUUCGCCAUUCAUGCCCUCACUGCUCCUAUAACAUCAAUCACGAAAGUCUGAAGAUUGCCAAAUUUUGCGCAGACAUCAACUUACUAUUGCACAAAGACCACCCGAUGCCAGGCACCUAUUACAACCUUCGGGGAGUCCCGGAGCCGGUCAGCGAUCCCAGACGACGAAGACAACAGUUCAAUUUCCCCAACCGCUUUCUAGAGGUUGUUGGCCCCGACGUCCUCAAUCAUGCCUACCCCCGCUGGAAUCGAGGCAAGAACCUGACCAUGAAGACGGUCAACGAUUACCUCGCUGCGAAAAUGAAGCAGAAGGACGUCAUGUACAAGGCCAACCCCGGCAGCAUGCAACUCGCUCUCCACCCGGAGGAAAAGGUCGCGUACCGCCGCAUGAUGUCGCACUAUUGGGACAACAGCUCGCCCUUGGCGCUCGAUCUCGUCGGGGCCGUCAUCCGCCAGGGCAUCUUCAUUCAGAAGAUGGAUUGCAUCGACUGGCUGCACUCGCCGACCCUCACGGCCACCAUGGACCGCCUGAUCAAGAAGUACCACGUCUUCUUCCGGAUCAUGUCCCAGAACCCGCGGCGCAUGGCCGUCCCGACCCUCGAUGUUGACCUCGCCUGGCACACCCACCAGCUCGCGCCCGCCCGCUACUUUGCCUUCUCCACCCACCGCACGCGCGAGGACGGCGGCAGUAACAACCUCGCCAUCCUCAUCGACCACGACGACAAAGUCGACGAGACCAAGCUCUCCGACGGCUUCGAAUGGGCCAGCAAGGCGUACAAGAAGCUCACCGACGGCGAGAUCUACAGCGAAUGCACCUGCUGGUACUGCGAGGCCGUCCGCGUCGCCGCCGACUCCCCCAUCGCCAUCCCGUUCUUCUCCUCCACCUCCCGCGCCCGCCAGGCGGCGGCCAAACUCCACGACCGCGACGACAUCUCCUCCGAUCCCGACAAGAACCCGCACAUCUCCGCCCACAACGCCGUCCGUCCGCAGACCACCCCUAGCAACAACAAUAACAACAACACUCGCGAUCUCGAUCCCCGCGAAGUCAAGUUCCUGAAACUCCGCCACGACUACGAGAAGGCGCGCCGCCGGGCCGAGAAGCGCAAGUCCAAGGAUGAGAAGGCGGCCGCCAACAAGGACAAAUCCGGGGGCGCGGCAGUGGACCCCGUCUAUGGCUACUACCCUCUGUUGUGGGGCUAUCCAGUCUUUGUGCCCUUCUAUGCGCCGUAUACGUGUGACCCCGGGGUGCAUGCGGAUGCGUACGUGGCGAAUCCGAGCUGUAUGAGUUUCGUGGAAGGAGUGCAUGGGAACUGUGCGGCGGGGACGUGUGGAGGUGGGGUUGCGGCGGGCAGCUGUGGAGGGAUGGGGGGGAAUUGCUCCGGGGGCUGUGCUGGGGGCGGGUGCGGUGGUGUUGGGGGCUGUGGUGGUGGUGCAGGGGCUGGUUGCGGCGGCGGUGGUGGAGGUUGUGGAGGCGGAGGCGGAGGUGGAGGUUGUGGUGGAGGAGGCGGAGGCAGUUAA